AUGGCCACUUCUCACAAGGUCUUGGUUCCAAUCGCCGACGGCUCCGAGCCCAUGGAGGCUGUCAUCAUCGUCGACGUCCUCCGCCGCGCCGGUGCUGAAGUCACUGUUGCCUCCGCCUCUACCAACCUUUCCGUCCUAGCUUGCCACGAUGUUAAGAUCCUUGCAGAUGCCUCCGUCUCCGACGUCGCCGGAACCGCCUUUGACCUCGUCGCAAUCCCUGGAGGGAUACCGGGUGUUGAGAAUCUGAGGGACUGUAAAGUUUUGGAAGGGUUGGUGAAGAAUCAUGUGGAGGAAGGACGGCUUUAUGCUGCGGUGUGUGCUGCUCCUGUGGUGGUGCUUGGGCCUUGGGGUUUGCUGAAUGGAUUGAAGGCAACUUGUUUUCCUGCGUUGAUGGAGAAAUUGGCCUCUUACGCAGCCACUACUGUCGAGUCUAGGGUGCAAGUGGAUGGCAGAGUAGUGACCAGUCGAGCGCCGGGAACUACCAUGGAGUUCGCUCUUGCGCUGAUUGAGCAGUUAAUUGGAAAAGAGAAAGCGGAUGAAGUUGCUGGUCCACUGGUCAUGCGUUCCAAUCAUGAUGAUGAACACACUUUCAAGGAGUUUAACCCAGUGCAGUGGACAUUUGACAAUCCACCCAGGAUUCUUGUACCAAUUGCUAAUGGUUCAGAGGAAAUGGAAGCGGUGAUUAUCAUUAAUAUGCUGCGAAGAGCAAAGGCAAAUGUUGUGGUUGCUUCUGUUGAGAAUAAACUUGAGAUUGUGGCAUCACGCAAAGUUAAACUGGAGGCAGAUAUGCUCCUUGACGAAGCUGCCAAACUUUCAUAUGACCUUAUUGUGUUACCUGGCGGACUGGGUGGUGCCCAAGCAUUUGCAAACUCAGAAACCUUGGUGAAUUUGCUGAAAAAACAAAGUGAAUCAAACAGAUAUUAUGGAGCAAUUUGUGCAUCCCCCGCUUUAGUCUUGGAGUCCCACGGUUUGCUUAAGGGUAAAAAGGCCACUGCCUUUCCUGCAAUGUGCAACAAGUUAUCUGAUCAAAGUGAAGUAGAAAACAGGGUGGUAGUUGAUGGGAAUCUCAUUACGAGUAGAGGCCCAGGAACCUCCAUUGAGUUUGCAUUAGCUAUUGUGGAGAAGCUGUUUGGAAGCAAGUUAGCAUUAGAACUUUCCAGGGCAGUAGUGUUCGCAAACCCAUAG